CAGAAUCAAAAAGUCGAGUUUCAUUUCAUUUUUCAUUAUAUAUUUAUUAAUAAUGUUGAAGGAAAAAUUAAACAUUUAGCUGCACUUUAGCUUCUGAACUUCAGAUUUAGCUUAAUAUUGUAUGCAUAAUUUCAGUUUUUACCAAAAAUAUAGGGUAGUUUCAAAUCAAGUGAUAAUUAACAGACCUUCUAUAGGUCAGUGUAACCCUUGUAGUAGAUCCCCGGUGUACUUUUUUUAACACCUGGACUAAAUUAAGUCUUUAAACCAAACGAUGAGGAUUAUGUUGAUCGGUGCCAGUCUAAUCAUCACUGAAUGCAGCAGUUUGAAUCAUUAUUAAAUGAUCCACAUUCACUGGAUCAGUACUUUUAGCAUAUUCCAUCCAUCUCUUCCCGCUCUCUUCCUCUCUCACUAUAUUGAUCCGUCUGUCUGACGGAAGCCUCCACUCUGAAAGUCUCAGCUGCAGCUAAUAGGCUUUUUAUGGGAGUCUGUCAGACAAGAGCUAGUAGAGUGGAGCCCAGCACAUGCAAAGAGAAAUAAACAUGCACAUAAACACACUCGCAUGCAUAUAAAACACAAUAGUACUCUUUCACACAUCUACCGAGACUGAUUGUGUCUGGAGCACUUAUGUCUGACUAUAUCAGUAACUUCAUGACAAUCAUUCUAUAUUUAGUAAUUCAUAGUGUCCUGAGAAGCUCUAUGCAGACUUAAGAUCUGAUGCAAAACCUACAAGCUGUGUAUGACAACAGCAGAAAACUUUAUUACAUUUUUUUCAUCUGUCUAUUCGUCUCUUUUCACAUCCUGUUUUUGAUACUUUCCGGACCUCUCUGGUGUGAUGAUGAAGGAAUCGGUAGAUGCAGAGAAAAAGAGGACUAUAAAAGACAAGCGAAGACAAGCUAUCGAUCGUCGAUAGAGCGACGUGGAGAGACAUUUAAGGACGUUUACUGGACAACUAAGACGGCUGAGACAUCAUGGAGCUCGUCCCCAAAACCAAAUACACGCCCUUCAGGAGCGACUCCUUCAGCUCAACAGACGAGACUGCAUCCAAUCCCUCUCUCCCUUCUUCUGCUCCUCUCACCCCUCUCACCCCCCCUGGGAUCCCUCCUUCUCUCUCCUCCUCCUCCCUCACUCCCAUCCUCCCCUCUUCGUCUCCACGGCAGGCUGAAAACAGCCCCACCACCCUCUGCUCCUUUUUCCCCAGGAUGGGAGCCCUGCGGCUGGGUGUGUCUUCCACUCUGCUCCCAGGCCUGAAGGCCUCCAGCAGGCCGGCAAGUGUGCCAGGUGGUCAGAGAGGUUUGGGAGAGUCUCUGGAAGACACUCGGACCUCUGCUGCCAGCUCUUCUCCUCCUUUUCCUCUCCUUUCUCUAACAGCCCCAUCUCCUCCUCCUCGUCCCCCACAGGAUAUGAACCGGCUGGGUGGGGCCUCGCGGAGGGCCCGUGUGGAAGGGGGCCAGCUUGGCGGAGAUGAGUGGACGCGGCACGGAUCCUUUGUCAACAAGCCCACCCGAGGCUGGCUGCACUCGGACAGUGUGGUCAGCGCAGCUGGGGUCUCCUACACUGUCAGGUAUAUGGGCUGCGUGGAGGUGAUGCAGUCAAUGAGAGCGCUGGACUUCAACACCAGAACUCAGGUUACCAGGGAGGCAAUAUCAAUGGUGUGUGAGGCAGUACCAGGUGCCAAAGGAGCUCAGAGAAGGAGAAAGCCCUCCUCUCGUGGUCUCUCCUCCAUCUUAGGGAAGAGUAAUCUCCAGUUUGCAGGGAUGACAAUCAGCCUCACCGUGUCAACCAGCAGUCUAAACCUACUGGCAAUCGACUGCAAACAGAUUAUUGCCAACCAUCACAUGCAGUCCAUCUCUUUUGCAUCAGGAGGAGAUCCAGAUACAGCAGAGUAUGUUGCCUACGUCGCCAAAGACCCCGUCAAUCAGAGAGCAUGUCAUAUCCUGGAGUGCUCAGAGGGCUUGGCUCAGGAAGUCAUCAGCACCAUUGGCCAGGCUUUUGAACUCCGCUUUAAACAGUACCUGAAGAACCCCCCCAAAGUGGUUACCCCUCAUGAUCGGAUGGCUCCUUUCGAUGGGUUGGCCUGGGAAGAAGAGGAAGAGGACCUGCCUCCACCUCAAGACUUUCCAUAUUACAAUAACUUCCCCGGUAAACAGCCUCCCAUUGGAGGCUUGGUUGACAUGAGGACCCGUCCUGGACACAGUACAGGAGCCACGCUGCCCUUUGGACAGCCCAGCCAGAACGAUAUUCACAAGCAGCCUCUGCCUCCUCUUCCAGUGGGUGUUAAGGAGGGAGGCUUGUUUGAUGACCCCUCAUACGUCAAUAUUGAAAAAUCCGGCCUCCCAGCGCCAGCAGCCAAUGGGAAUGCUACCAGAGAUGCAUUUGAUAUGAAGCCAUUUGAUGCUGCUUUAGGCAUGUCGGGAACAGUGGUGACCCCACUGGCUGAGCAGCUACAAAACGAGCCCUGGUUCCACGGACCUAUAAGCCGCAGGCAGGCCGAAAGACUCCUGACCAAGGAUGGAGACUUCCUGGUGCGGGAGUCAAACACCACACCAGGCCAGUACGUCCUCACUGGACAGCAGGGCGGUCAAUCUAAACACCUGCUUCUAGUGGAUCCAGAGGGAGUGGUGCGCACCAAAGACCACCGCUUCGAGAGCGUCAGUCACUUGAUUAGCUAUCACAAGGACAACCGGCUGCCAAUCAUCUCGGCAGGAAGUGAGGUGUGUCUGCAGCAGCCAGUCGAUCGCCGUGCUUAAAAAAAAAAAAAAAAAAAAAAACACACAUUUAAGAGAAACAAACUCCUCUAUUUCCUGCUUUUUUGCCAGACUCUAUUAGAGAAUUUUUAUUUUUUAUUUUUAUCAGUUGGGAGUGUAAGUUAAUCAUAUCUUCACAGAAACAAAGAAUUUUGUACCGCAUCAACCACCGGCCAUGAAAUUACCAAACGAUGCAAUCAUUCUACUCCAGGACAAACGGA